AUGUCGCAGCCACGUCUUACAAUCACCCAUAUCACGACGGCAACUGCCAUUCUGAACAUCGAUGGGAUCAACCUUCUCACCGACCCCUUCUUCGGAUCGGUUGAGGGAACCGAAUAUGACGAAACAGCUGAUUGGGAAAAGGCGGACUUGAACAUCUUCGGCCUGAAAAGCAUCCCACCUCCACCGCACUUGGUCAAUGAGCAAGGGCCCGCACUCCAGCUCCAUGACUUGCCCCCAAUCGAUGCAGUGCUCCUGAGUCACGAAGACCAUAUCGACAAUCUGGACCCCGAGGGCCGCAAGCUUCUCGAUGGUCGCAAGGUGUUCACCACUAUGGAUGGUGCAUCUAAUCUCCGCCCGCGUCCUGGGGUUAUCGGCCUGCGUCCUUGGGAGACCGUGACUUCUUAUAUCGGUGGAAAGCAGUUCCGGAUUACUGGUACGCCUUGUAAGCACUUUCCGAUUGGAGAGGUUACCGGCUUCAUUCUCGAGGAAGACUCCUUCGGUAUCCACGCUUCCGGGAAGCCGAACGCCAUUUAUUUCUCUGGUGACACUGUUUACAUUGAUGAGCUGAAGGAGAUUGGAAACAAAUGGCAUAUCACUGCCGCAAUCCUCAACCUGGGAAAGGCAACAUUCCACUUCCCGAAUGGCGCUAUUCAGAUUACGAUGGACGGAGAGCAAGCUGUGCAGCUUACCCGUGAUAUCGGCGCUGACUUCAUGAUUCCCAUCCAUUUUGAAUCGUGGAAGCACUUCACAGAAGACCGGAAAGAUUUGGAAAAGAUAUUCAAGGAGAAUGGGUUUAUGGAUAAGGUGGUGUGGACGACUCCUGGGGUCCCCAAGGUUGUUUAUUAA